AUGUCGCAGAAGAAAUUGCUUCUACUUGGAUAUCCUGCAAGUACGGUCGACUAUGAAAAUUUUGAGCAGUUACAAGAAUUAGUGUUAUUUCUGGAACAUCAACAUAUCAGGCUAUAUAAAAUUGAGGAUAGAGAUGGGUUACAGUCAUCAGAUGUUGAAGUAUGGAAUAAAUCUUACUCAAAGUAUUUGACCGAUUUGAAGUGUCCACUUUCCUAUGACAGAGUGCAUGAAGUAGUCGAUUGGCUUCUUACUCGAGCGAUAGAUUCCUGUUAUCAACAAACUGCGGAAGGAAAGAACCUUACCGCAGAUAACUAUAUACAAAGGAAAGCCGAGAAAGAAAAACAACAAAAGGCUAGCGAUCCUCUCAGUGCUAUCGAUUUCUCUACAGAAGAAGCAAGAAAAGGUAUCGAAGAUCUCAGGAUCACCUUGGGUAUAACGGCACAUCCUGACCCUUUAGUUGUUCUCAGAGCUUGUUGUAAGUUUAUUACGGACAAUCUUUCUGAUGAAGCAAUCCAGGUAGCGAACAAAGAGACACGAAAUCAGAAGAAAAUAAUGCCAUUGAGCCGUUUUGAUAUGGGCAUGAUAUCCAGUAAGAAUGGUACCAUUGAUGCUGCUAUACGAGCUUUGCGCUUAAUUCAUCUAGAGAAUUUGCGUGAAGUUCAAACUGAGAUUAAUGAAGCUAUCGUUGCAGUUCAAGAACUAACAGCUGAUCCAAAAACUGAUAAAAAACUUGGCAAAGUUGGACUCUAG